AUGGGGCGGCGCCCUCGCCAGAGUGGCCAUCUUCAGGGCCAAUUUCCCCUCCGUAGAGUGGCUCCCAAUCAGGCUCGGCUGCCCUCGUCUUUGCCUCAGCGCGCUUCGAAUCUCGAACCUCUGCUCGAAAAUCCGAAUCAGCUACCCUAUCGGCCACCUGGGUUGCCUCAGACGUCCGUCACCCCUCCUACCGACAAGUUGCCAGCGUCUAUCAGCCCUGUCAGCGCCCGUUCUACUUUGUCCCACGGCAGCGGUGCGAACUCGGCUGCGACAACCAGCUACACCUCGGCUCUCGCAUAUGCUCGCCGUUUGUCGCCUGAUGCAGACACCCCUACGAGCUCGGUUAUAUCCAGCCUCCAGAGCGUCCACGAAACCAGCCAUGUCGACGGAUGGCCCCGGCCUGCCCGACCUGUUGUAUCGGACCGUCUGUCGGAUACCGGUAUACAGAUGACAGAAGAUGUUGUGGGCAUCGGCGUCCCUACCUCGGUUAAUUAUCCGCAAGAUUAUCUUCAGCCACCUCAGUUUGUGUCUCCUAGAGGCCUAUCACCGGGUGAGCAUCAGAGAUACCCGCACAAGACCGAGCCAUGGAGUACCUUGCCAUUUCGUCACGAAGAUCACUGGUUCAAUGGGGACAUGGAUACUGCCAGGGUCGGGACAAUGGACUGUAUCUCGGCGAGUACACAUUCACAGUCAGGGCAAGAAAAGGGCGGCCGUCGAAAAGGGCCCCUGUCCAGGGAAGGGAGACAACAAGCGAGUGAUUGUGAUACCCAAUUACCUUGUACCAAUUGCUUGACCAAGGAGCGGCGUAAGAUUCCAAAGCAGUGUAUCCAAGCCCGGUUCGACUGGAAAGGGUGCAAAUCGAUGCUGUUUCCCGAAGAAAUCACUUGUCGAUUGCAGAAGGAAAACCUUGCUCGCUAUCUCUCCAACGCUACGUUCAUAUACUCGGCCCGACCAAAGUUUCAGGUCCCCUUGGAGCUCAACGUUGGAUCACCGCUGUAUGUGACGGUCAAAGAGUUCUGCCCUUUGCACCUGGCCCUCCGGCAUGCACAUGUGCCGAUCGAGAAUGCGGAUGGUUCCAAGUCAUACACAAAGUGCCAGGUGUGGAGUCCACCGAUCAUCAUGUUCAUAAAGGACAGCAGGGAUCUGGAACGGCAAGUCAAACUUGUACGGCAGCGCAUCGUGGCCAUGUUCGCGCAAGUCCUGGAUGACCCGCAAAGAUGGAGGGACUGGACGGUCAAAUACUUCCCGCAUCGCGCCGAUGACUUUCAAACCACCAUUCUAGAGCAUAUCGGACUCUAUUACCGCAAAGACAUCAAGGAGCAUGCUGUUAUCAAGACGGCAUUGAGCCUACUGUGGUUCAUGUAUCUCUUGUGGAAUAAGUUUACAGUACCUACUGCAGCCGUCCCGCAGCUAGAAGAGCACAUCGAUUCUCGACGACCGGUUUGGGCACCUCAGGACAUUCAUGUGAUCCCCGACACCAUCAAUCGGUUUCUCAAAGCCAUUAUCAUGCCAAUGGCGAUGAAGGCUGCCCGGAAAAUCACGGCGACGCUGCAUGAUAUGCUGUUCCAAAUGUCCGUCACCCAGAAGCAGUCGACCGCUCGGACAGAUAUUGCGCUUUGCCUGGCGUUUGUACUUCUGAUGUUUGUGGGCCAAAUGCAGGCGGCGUUGGUGCUGCUGGCCGACACUCCAGCCAGCGAGACCGGCAUGAAGUAUUCGUUCGAAGAAGCCGAGACCAAGAUUCGCGCGAUCGAGCAGUCGGUGAACGAGUAUUUGUUGUCGUUCCACAAAUUUACGUUAAGCAGAAGAUCAUUACCCAAGUCUACGGGAAAGCCAGGACCCAGGGGGCACAAGAACCACGACAACGCCCACUCUAUGGGCGAAAUCCACGCCCAAGAAUUCGGCCUGGUGGGCCGACUACGACGGGAAGUUGAGCAGGAAUACGGUGAGCGUGGAAUUUCCGAAUUGAGGGAGAUGCUUAUGGCUGAUAUCGCGGCAGAUCAGGAACGACCGGAGGAGCUGGAGUUGGGCAAGAUCGAUUUCCGGACGUUUCCACGUACCAACGUGGCGCGGCUGUGUUGGAAGCUGUUUCUCAAUGUCGAGGACGGUGAAGGCUGCUAG